ACAGUUUGAGAGCCACCUUAGCUGAGUUAGAACCAGUUGACAGGGCGGCUAAGUUGAAAAGGACUUUAAAGCUAUUGUAGUAGUUGGCAUUGCCUUUUCUUUCAAUGUGAUUGUCGUAACGAGACCUUUGAACAAAGGCCAUUACAGAUCUAUCCCCCAACGAACGAACACGUAUUCGAAUUCCAAAUUAUUUGUGAAAAAAUUUUCAGUAAGCAAAAAUAUCAAAAAAUAAAGAAAUCUUGACCCGUUCGAGAAAUAUACUUAACCAAUCUGCAAAUUAUAAGACGACAGCAAUGGCUAUUGACAGGACACUCUAUCAUCCCUUCAGGCUCUUCCUUAAGGAUUAUAUGUUAUGGUAUGAUAUAAAUCCUGUAGGGGCCAAGGCCAUAGAGAAUCUCCGGAAGAAGUCCACUAAGGAAUGGCAGAAACUGGACCCUGCAUUAAAAGUCCAGUAUCAAAUUUAUUCGAGAGACCUGAUGUCGCAGGAGAUCGCACUUAAGAAGAAAUCGAAAGUUCGAUCCAAAAAGAUGGCCCGACGUCCUACACCUAUGCCCGGUCCUCGGAAGAAGAGGGAAAAUCGUUCGAAGUCUUUGCCAAAAUAUAUUCCUUAUGGCCAGAAGAAAAAGUAAACUCGUACUAGAUGAUCUUUGGCAAUGCAUCUUUCGUAAUUUGCAUCAACUUUGUAUCAAGAGCAAUGGGAAUUUUAAAAAUUUCCAAAAUUUGUAUAAAUUUCAGAUAUAAUAAAAAUAAUUUAUGAAUAACA